UUUGUUUCAAUAUUGGCAAACUUUAUCGAAGACAACAACAAAGAAAAGCUUUUAGUUAAGUGCAAAACAACUGCCUCCGGAUCCGAACAGCUGAUGAUUGCCACACCUAGUUUAGUUUUUAUUUUCUGUCCAGCCGUCGUGCAUUUCGUUCCCCACGUGUUUCUUGGUUUUCCUUGCUUUCCACUGUUGUAUUUGAAAAUUGGGUUCAAAAAAGUUGUCCAGAAAACCAAGAAAAAUGAUUAAUUACCGAAAUCUUUGAUUUGUUUCGAUAUUUUCUGUUAUCGGAGAACUCACCAGCACACUGUACCCCCAGGUGAUUCACAAGGUGUUCCAAUUCCGCGACAGCUUAUUCAAAAUGGAAAACCACACUAACAUCUUGGAUUUGCCGUUGGAAAUUCUGGACUUAAUUUUGAAUGAACUAAGUUUUGAAAAUAAGUUAAAACUUGCCCAAGCUGAUCAGAUUUUGGAAGUGGCAUUUGCCUAUCACUGCCGCAAUAAAUAUAAAAAAAUUUCAUCUCGGACUUUUCCACUCGAGAAUUGGUCGGACUUCUUGAUGGUUUAUGGCCGAAACGUUGAUGAAAUCAAUGUUGAUGGCUUAAAUGUUCAACAUUUAAAAUUAAUUGAGGAACAUUGCUGCAACCUAAAGAUCGUAAGUGGUUUAUAUUUAAAAGAUCAAAAAUGCUCAGCGGCCAGCAGUUUGAUCCGCGGAUUGAAAAGCCUGACGUCUAUGGAAAUAACUAUAACUAAUGAUAACACAGCGGAAGUAAUUCAUGUCCUGCAAGAUGUUCCAAAUUUAAAAAUAUUAAAUAUCUGUUAUUUAGGAGAAACUGAAGAUGAAUCAUCUAGCUUUGAGAUAGCACACAUACACAAAUUAACCAAUUUGGAAGAAUUGAGCAUGGGCUCGACGUUUGCCUCUUGGGCAAUUAACAUAAAGGAUCUUCCAUCCCAGUUAAAAAUGCUUCAUAAAUUAAAUUUAACUAGUGUAAAAAUUGUUUCUACGGCUAAAGAUAUGGAGUUUGUUUUUCCCGCUUUAGAAGAGCUAUUCAUUGAUAAUUCACAUAUUGAUGUUCAGUUUCCAUAUUGCCCAAAGCUUCGUUCGAUGAGACUAUUGAAUUCAAAAUAUCCUUCAAGUGAUAUUCUCGUCAAAUGGAUGUCGAACCACAUUAAAACUUUGGAAUCAUUUCAUUCCGAUAGUAAAAUAUUCAACAAAAAUGUUUUGCUUAGUUUGUUUUCAUCAAAAACAUUCAAAGAAUGGGAAUUUCCGGAAAUAAAAAAUCUUGUCAUUGAAAAUUCCAAGAUUUGGUUUCCAUUACCAUUUUGUCCAAAACUAAAAUCAUUGGAGCUAACUUCCGCGACCUUUUUCUCCAUGAAUUUUUUCUUUAAAUGGAUUUCAAAACACGAAAAUACCUUACAUAAAUUAAAAAUAGGCCAUAAAUUAUUUGAACAAAAUUGUAGCUUGACUAAACUUUCAAAAAUUCAAUCUCAAAAAUGGAUACUACCUGCUUUGAAGGACCUAGAAAUUUAUUCUCAAACCAUCUCUUACGAUUUACCAUAUUGUCCUAACCUUUUAAAUUUGGACUUGGAAUUUUCUGAAUGUCACUCAAUGGAUUACUUUUACAAGUGGAUGGAUAAACACUCAGGCAAUUUGCAAAGCUUGCAAUUAACAGAUAAAUUAUUUGAUGAAACUAGAAUUCUUAAUUUUCUAUCAAAAUGCAACAAAAUAAGCAAAUUUAAAAUUUCAACAUUUUAUAUAAAAAUUUCCUUUGGAUUUAUGAAUUCACUAAUUGGCAUACUAAAGAAAAAUGGGUUCACUUCAAAAAAUCCAUUUGAAAUUACAUUUUCGUCAAAUGAAUAUCUGGAUAUACAACGUAUGCUGACUAAAAUACCAAAUUCCGAAUUAUGUAAAUGCGUUGGAGGGAAAAACGUAUUAGAUGAUCUUGAUAUGGAUAUGGAUGAGAGUUUCAGCGACAUGAUAAAACUUUUUUAAAAACUUUGUAAAAAAUAAUAAUAAAAUUAAUUUUGUA